AUUAAACCUCCAUACAUUUAUAGAAGGCAGAAAGGGAAAUAUAUCAUGACUCAUGAGCAAUCCGUACUAGCACACUUAUAGAAAUGUGAGAUUUGGAAAUUAAUUAUGAAAAUCAGAGUAAUCAUCCGCUCAUCAGAGAUUCAGGAUUGCUACAUUCCAAACAUGUCGAUCAUCUUUCCCCCAUUAAAUAGAUUCUUGAUCGACCUUGCCCACUUUUCAGUUUCAUGCAUCAUCACCAUCCCUUGUUUCCUCCAUCUCUUGAGAAAAAAUAGUGGAAGAGAAAUGCGGAAGCUUGGGAUCAGUCCCCUGGCUGCUGUACUGUCGCUAGCCAUUGUGGUAGCUUUGACGGCCAUCAUCACGCCUCAAGGUUGCGAUGCUGCAGGGAUAGUCGCGAGAAGCAUCUACGUGAACCAAAGGAAGCCUGCUGAUUUCAGGUCUGUUCAAAAAGCCAUCGACUCCAUCCCGUGGGGAAACAAGCAGUGGAUCCGGAUUCACGUCGCCGCCGGUGUUUACUUUGAGAAGGUGAACGUGCCUCUGAACAAAAGCUUCAUCCUGCUUGAAGGCGAAGGGAAGGACCAGACGUUCAUCGAAUGGGGCGACCAUGCAGACGGGAAAACCAACACCGCCUCCUCCCCAACGUUCGCCUCUUACGCCACCGACUUCAUGGCCCGUGACAUCACCUUCAAGAACACGUACUACGGGGUCAGGGACAUGGCGCCCGCGGUGGCUGCUCUGGUGGCCGGCGACCGGUCAUCGUUCCACCGUUGCGGCUUCAUCAGCGUCCAGGAUACUCUGAGCGAUCUAGCAGGGAGGCACUACUACCACAAGUGCUACAUCGAGGGCGCCAUGGACUUCAUCUUCGGCAACGCGCGGUCCAUCUUCGAGGAGUGCGAGGUGACGACGGGGAAGACGCCGGUGUCGCCAGGAUACAUCACGGCGCAGGGGCGGGACAGCGAGAAAGAAGACACGGGAUUCGUGUUCAAGCGAUGCAAGUUGGGGGGCGUCACGCCGACGUACCUAGGGCGAGCCUGGCGGGCCUAUGCAAGGGUCAUCUUCUACAAGACGGAUAUGUCCAGCGUUGUGGUCAGCCAGGGUUGGGACGCUUGGAACUACGAUGGCAAAGAGAGCACGCUGACGAUGGUGGAGUCUGAAUGCACCGGUCAAGGGUCGAACAGGACCGGGCGGAUGCCGUGGGGCAAAGCGGUGCACCCCAAGCAAAUUGCCAGGUUCCUCAGCCUGUCCUACGUCUCCGCCGACGGAUGGCUCGACGCGCAGCCACGCUAGUUCUAAGAAGUGAAGAUGAUGAGACUACACGCAGGUUACAAGGGGCAUACACUAAUGCACGUACCCAUGGUCAUGUACCAGCAGAUGGAUGUAUACCCAAUUUGUGAUAAAUAAAUAAACGGUUUUGCUAGAUCUCAGUCGGCUGAGAAAUACAAUUUCUCGGUCGACGAGAUUAGCGGUCGAUCGAUCUAAAUUUUUUGUCGAGCACUGGUUCGGAUCUUUUCUUUGUUCGAGAUUGUUUCUGAUCGAUGUGAAAUCUGGGCUGCCUGUUUGUAGGCCGUAC